AUGCGUGAAGUUUCCGAUACCCUCUGGAAUUUUCACCUUACGUGGAGAUCAAAGAGUGACGAGAUCAUGUUUCCUUCGCGAGCGCAAGCUCCGCACCGCGUCGUCCUGUAUGAUAACCGAGCCAGUAUCGGACGACGAGACCAACGAGUCCAACGCAAUAAAACGAGCCGCGCAACGCAGAAUGCAGAUCCCCCGAUCCAUCGGCAAAGGAACUCCGAGCCCGCCUGGAAAUCCGACUUAAGGUCCAGCUUUAGCACUAAACACAAGGAUCUCUCCGAUCUAUUCGAGAUGGAGCAACUCGAGGACGAACCGCUACGAAGCUACCUGAACAGAUUCAAGAGCGCGCUGCUCGACCUCAGGGACAUUCCGGGAGCACCCCCAAUCGCGGAACCGGUACUCGUCCAAGCCCUCGGAAACGGACUUCGAUACGAAUCCGGAUUCUGGGAAGAUAUCCGCAUCCGCCCCUCCCCAACUUUGAAGGACGCCUUCCUUCGCGCUGAGAAUUACAUCGCCUCGAGCAAGACAUCCCGCAGCUACGGUUCGACCCCGAAGAUCCUCGGUUCCGGCUAA